AUGACAUCGGCUUCAACUUCCUCGCAGGGUGCACCCUCAACCGACCCCGUCACGGCUGCCCAGCAGCAGCACAUUGAGGACCUUUGCAAAGCCGGUCCGGUCAUGGAAGGCGCAUCUCUCAUUGUCGUCUCGAACCGACUGCCCGUCACCAUCAAAGUGGACCCAUCGGUACCUGGCGGUUACACUUUCACACUUUCCUCCGGUGGUCUCGUCUCGGCUCUCUCGGGAUGCAAAAAGACGAUGAACUUCACCUGGAUCGGCUGGCCAGGCCUUUCCGUGCCGCCCAAGGACGAAGAGUACAUCGAGAAACGUCUGCGCGAAGAGUACAGCUGUCAACCCGUAUGGAUUUCAGACGAGAUCGCUGAUCGCCACUACAACGGGUUCUCGAAUUCGAUCCUCUGGCCGCUGUUUCACUACCAUCCCGGUGAGAUGAACUUUGACGAGACCAACUGGUUGGCUUAUCGAGAGGCCAAUCUGCGGUUUGCAGAGAAGAUCAGGAGCAUUGUUCGACAAGGAGAUAUGGUGUGGGUGCAGGAUUAUCAUCUGAUGUUGUUGCCGUUGAUGCUGAGGACGUUGAUCGAGGGGAGUGAGCAGCAGGGAGCUACAUCGCAGAGGGAGUUGGAGCACGUGAGACACGGUGUGGAUGGUACGUUGCAGCUUCAGGAUGACGAUCUACUAGCAGCCCCUUCGGCGUAUGAUUCGUUGCGAGGGAACGGACGCAUCAACACGCCGCCGGCUGACGACGGUGAGGGUGAGGGUGAUGACCAAGGCGAUUAUCAAGGUCGCGAUGCAGCUCUUCGCAGCAACAGCAGUGCUACGGGUCGCGGUCUCGGAACCAGCGACGGCUCGAGCGGCCGAGGGUCCAUCAAGAUUGGAUUCUUCCUUCACACUCCUUUCCCUUCCUCGGAGAUCUACCGAAUCUUGCCCGUUCGUCGAGAGAUCCUACUCGGCAUCUUGCACUGCGACCUGAUCGGUUUCCACACCUACGAUUAUGCGCGUCACUUCCUCUCCUCGUGCACACGCAUUCUUGGACUACCCACCAUGCCCAACGGUGCCGAGUUCGAAGGCCGCUAUGUUCACGUCGGCACGUACCCGAUCGGUAUCGAGCCUUCACAGUUCGAGGACGGUCUGGAACGCGAAAGCGUCAAGGAACGGAUCAAGAGUCUGCAACGUCGAUUCGAAGGUGUCAAGAUCAUCGUCGGUGUCGAUCGAUUGGAUUACAUCAAAGGUGUACCGCAGAAGCUGCACGCUCUCGAGACGUUCCUGCAGGAUCAUCCGGAGUGGAUCGGCAAAGUGGUGCUGGUUCAAGUAGCAGUACCCUCGCGUCAAGAUGUGGAAGAGUAUCAAAACCUGCGCGCCACCGUCAACGAAGCGGUGGGUCGAAUCAACGGACGCUUCGGAACGGUCGAGUCGAUGCCGAUCCACUUUCUGCAUCGAUCGGUGAGCUUCGAUGAGCUGUGUGCGCUCUACGCUAUCAGCGACGCAUGUCUGGUCACUUCAACCAGAGAUGGUAUGAAUCUGGUCUCGUACGAGUACAUUGCAUGUCAACAGCAAAGGGCAGGCGUCAUGAUUCUCUCGGAAUUCGCAGGCGCAGCGCAGAGCUUGAAUGGCUCGCUGAUAUGUAAUCCGUGGGACGCGUUUGCUGUCUCGGAUGCAAUUCACGAGGCGCUCACCAUGCCGGCAAAUGUCAGAAGGGAAAACUUCGAGAAACUCAGUAGAUACGUCAAGAAACAUACGGCUAGCUGGUGGGGCUUGAGCUUUGUCAAUGAUCUCAAGAGGAUCAAGGUAGAAGGCGAGGCGGAGAGUCCUAGUGCGGGUGUGCCGAGCUUGCCUUCUCGACCUUGA